UUUACGAAUUGUUUAAGUUGCCACCCGUACCCGUUUUCUCAAAAAAUUUAUCGGAUCAUUCAUCUUCCGUUAUUAUGUUAGAUUGUUUGCUCAGAAUUUGAUGACAGAUAACGGAACAGCUGGAAAUUUUUGAACUUUUUGUUAAUUGGCCGGUACAAGAUUUGGGAACAUUUCGGAUUUGAUCUGUAUAACUUGGACCAGAAAUGUUCUGAUGAAAUUAUUCCAUUGAUUUCCUGGUCGGUGCUAAUUUUUCCUAUCACUGAUUAUGCGCUGCGUGAUCAAUUUUUCUAUUGCUAUUUUUUUAAUUGGAGUUCGUGUGGAAUUUGAUCCAUGCUAUUAUGUGAUUGAUGUUUUGCAUUUUUUUUUUUUCUACUUGGAUUCCGGAAUUUUUCGGCGGCGGUUUGAGUCUUUGACGCAGAAUGGAAUAAGGAUGCGAUACUGGAAGGACUUCUUAAAUUGCCAGAGAAUAGGGAAUGUGCUGACUGCAAAUCUAAAGGUCCAAGAUGGGCUAGUGUGAAUUUAGGCAUAUUUAUAUGUAUGCAGUGUUCGGGGAUCCAUAGAAGUCUUGGGGUACACAUAUCGAAGGUGCGGUCUGCUACCCUGGACACUUGGCUUCCAGAGCAGGUUGCCUUUAUUCAAUCCAUGGGAAAUGAGAAGGCAAAUAGUUACUGGGAAGCCGAACUACCUCCAAAUUACGAUAGAGUUGGAAUUGAAAAUUUUAUUCGUGCAAAGUACGAUGACAAGAGAUGGAUUCCAAAGGAUGGAAAAACAAAAUCAUCGACUAGAGGGCAGGAAGACAAGGCUUCUGUGCAUUGGCAGAGACCUGGGGAAAGAAGUGGUCCGGGCCCUAGUUCUGGUUCUGAAAAGACAUUUGAGGAAAGGAAGAACACUCGACCAUCUAGUACUAUUCCCUCUGCCAAAAUGAGUAUUCCCGUUCCACCUAAAGGACCUGAGCAGAAAAUAGAACCAGCACCAGCGGUGCCCCAAGCUGAAGCAACAAAGCAGCCUUUGAAUUCUGCUUCUGCUGUCUCUCCACCAAAGGUUGACUACGCAACUGACCUUUUCAACAUGUUAACCAUGGAUGCUCCAAGUGAAAACAGCUCAGGGGAACCUUCACCUGAUGAUAAUUCUUGGGCAGGUUUUCAGUCUGCUGGAGAAACACUGACAGCUGAGAAAACUGGUACGACAAAACCAGUUGAAAGUGGUCCCCAGUCUACCUCUGGAAUUGAGGAUCUUUUUAAAAAUUCACCUUCAGUUAUACCUACUCUAGUUUCAGAGAUACCCCAGAAACAUGGGAAUAAUGAUAUUAUGAGCCUUUUUGAGAAGUCAAGCAUGGUGUCGCCAUUUUCUGUGCAUCAACAACAACUUAUGAUGCUUGCUCAGCAACAGUCCCUUCUCAUGGCUGCUGCAGCUAAAUCUGCUGGUGGGGAGCUGAAAGUUCUUGGCACUGCACAACAACCUGGGUCCAAUGGCAGUAUCAAUUUGCCCACUCAAAGUUGGGCGAGUGCUGGCUACCAGAUGCCUGGAAUGACAAGGAACAUGGUGCCAGCAUAUCCAGUGGGCAGCUCUGUUCCAUGUCCUACAUCUAGCAUGUAUUCCAUGGGGCAAUCCACCCAAUUUAAUACUGCUGCCACCAGUGCAGUGAGUAAACCUCAAUCGGCAUCUGCAGUACCAUCUAUGCCUCCGACUCGAGCAGGGAAUGAUUAUGAUUUCUCCUCCCUAACGCAAGGGAUGUUCUCAAAACAGUAAGUUGCCUUUCGGGCGACAAUGCUUGCUUUUCCAUACGAUACAAAAUUAGAUUAAUUACAGGAAAAUAGCACUUGGACAUUUCUUAUAUGUACUCGGGGUUGUAAACCAUUUGUAGAGGCAGUUCAUAUUUCUUUCCCCUCCAUAUCUGAGUGAUUCGUUCAUUUGUACCAGUAGUUGUAUCUGUAGUAAUAAAAAAUGAGUUUAGAUUGAUUU